CUCUCACACACUCUCGCAAAUAACCACAUCUCCUCCAACCAUAUCUCCUCAACCAUGACUUCCCAGUGGGUGUGCUGCCAGUGCAACGCUACUGGUCGAACCGACGACCGCUGCGACUGGGUGCUUCACCAGGAACCCUACUCGCCUGAUGCCCACGAAGCACUCCAGGAGCAGUGGUCGUCGUUUGACGAGGACUACCAGAUCGUCGAGGAUGAUGGAGAGAUCCUGGUCGUCUGCGACCACCAGAGAUGCGAAGACUGCCCCAACUGGCAUCCCCAGCCACAGCCUGCCUUGCCCCGGCCUGCCCGGCUCCAGCCAGCCAGGUUUCCCCAGCCGCCGCCCUGGCUUUGGCCUCCCCAGCCGAGGAACAACGUUCCGCGUGAGGCGGCCAACGGCCAAACCUGGAUCGCCGAUCACCACGUCAAGGCCCAUGUCUCCAACACCAUCUUCGGCGACGUCGCGGCGGCGAGGGGAGAGUUCGAGGGCUAUGCCCAAGGCAGCAGCAGCGCCACCCCCAGCCCUCCCUCCAAAAGGAGGAAGCUGUCUGCGUCCGGCCCCUCCCUCUCCUCUGCCGCCUCCUCCUCCGGCGAGGAAGAGGACGAGGACGAGGACGAAGAGGAGGACGAGGACGAAGAAGAUGACGAUGACGACGACGACGACGACAACGAUGACUUCGGCUCCGGCCCCGACUCUCGCCCUGGUCCCGGUCCCGGUCCUGGCCCCGGCCCCAGCCCCAGCCCCGGCUCUGGCUCCGGCUCUGAUCAAAGGAAGACGGGAGUUUCGCCCCUUGCUUCGUUGUGA